AUGUAUGCAGAAUACGGAGUAGUUUACAUAGUUGCUUUCAUCGCACAAACUUGGAGUUUUCGAAAGGCAAGAACCGAGUGGCUCGUCGCCAUUGAGCAGGAAAAAAAGAACUUGGCUAAUGGUAAUGAUGCCUUCUAA